AUGUCGGUGCGUGUGGCUGUGGUCGGAGCCGGAGCUGCAGGGCUGUGUGCAGCACGCCACCUGCUUUCUAAACCUGGAACAUUCUGCACUCCGGUCGUGUUCGAGUCUGGGACCAGUGUUGGCGGGACCUGGGUCUACGAGGAGCUGGACGAGCCAAUCAGAGAGAAGGGAGUGGAACCCGAAGGACCUGAGAGACCUGAGGGCCACAGCAGAUACAGGAGCCACAGCAGCAUGUACCAGAACCUCAGAACAAAUCUUCCCAAAGAGGUGAUGGCGUUCCCAGACUUCCCAUUUGAGUUGCACCUGAACAGUUUCCUUCCACAUCAUGAAGUUCUGAGAUAUCUGCAGAAAUACUGCGACCACUUUGAUGUCGGGCCACAUGUGCGGUUCAACACAGCGGUCGAGCGAGUGAGGCCUGUCGUCAUGGAGACCACUGACGGGAAACAGAGGACCGAGUGGGAAGUGACAUCAUCAGAAAGGAGCGGCUCAGAGCGGACGGAGCGUUUUGACGCUGUGUUUGUCUGCUCCGGACAUUACUCAGUUCCUCAUGUCCCAGAGAUCCCAGGACUACAGCACUUCAGAGGCUCAGUUCUGCACAGUCACAGUUAUCGUCGGCCAGAGCCGUUCUCAGGGCAAACGGUUCUGGUGCUGGGGGCCCGAAACUCGGGGAUCGACAUCUGUAUGGAACUGUCCACUGUGGCUGAGCAGGUCUUCCUCAGCCACAGAACUCCUCGUCUCUCGUUUCCUCUUCCUCCAAACGUGUCUCAGACUGAAUCCAUCGACCGGAUCCUUGAGGACGGGACCGUGGCUCUGCAGGACGGCAGAGUACUCAAGGCGGACUCGCUGCUCCUCUGUACAGGGUAUAUCUUCACCUUUCCGUUCCUUCACGAGUCUGAUCUGGGCAUAGACAUGCAGAGGGACUUCGUGGGACCACUGUAUCGACACAUCAUGUCUCCAGGCUUCCCCUCGCUCUUUUUCAUUGGCCUGUGUCAGCAGAUCUGCCCCUUCCCCCACUUCCAUUGCCAGGUGCAGUUCUGUGUGGCGGUGCUAGAGGGCGCUGUGUCUCUGCCCUCAGCUCCUGUCAUGCAGCAGGAGUGCAGGGCAUGGCUGGAAAAAAGGCUGAGCAGAGGUGUGCAACAGCGCCACCUGUUGAGGAUGGAGCAUGAGCAGUGGGAGUACUGUGCCUCCCUGAGUGCGGAAGCAGGGUUUAAGCCCCUCACCCCCGCCAUCAGGUCACUGUUUGAGGAAGUGUGGCGGAGGAGGAGAGAGCACCCCCUGCAGUACCGAGAGAGCAACUACAGGCUGACGGAGGAGCACUGGGAGAGAGCACCAUCUGCAGGACAGAGAGAGCUGCUACAGGCUAAGGAGGGGGAGGAGGAGAGGGUGAUUUGA